ACAGAUCGACCACUGACGGACCUUUACGAGACGGAGGGUGAUGGCGGAUUUCCUGGACCUGAUUUUAUGGCUCGCCCGGUAGUAGGAGGUCACUUUGCAUUCCUCGCGUUGGAGAGAGCUUGUGGUGGCAGAGCAUCGGAAGGUCUAAAGUUCCUUGACGAAGUGGCACCUGCAGAGAUUGAUGUUGAACAAGCCUUGAGAAGGGAAAUCGCUAUAAACCAGCCUGAUAUGGGGGAAUUGUAGUGAGCAUAUAGGAUGAAGAGACUAUUAACCUUCCUCUAGCAUCGAAGAUACUUUGUGCUGGAUAUGUACCUAUCUCUCAGGUAUCUUGGGUAGGAAUAUCUCCAUGAGAGUCCUCCGGAAGCGCUCGUCUUUGUACUACCACCAAAAAAAAGGAAGGAAUAAAGGAAGAUGUAAUUCUAGAUCUGCAAGUGCUUCUCGUCUACAAUUUACAAGUUGUAGUUCCGUAUUCUCCCGCAUCGACAGAACUUUGAAUUGGAUAAGAUGAUUGGGAGGUAACCUAAAGAACUGAUUGGAUAAUUCAUGUAGGUUCAAGGUUCAGGCGGGUAGUUGAUAG